UCAUCCUUGUCUUUUUCAUUGUGAACAACACCGCCAAGGAAGAAGACGCACUUGCUUCCUCCUCCUCCCUUCUCGCUCCUUUCUCAGUUUCUUCCUUUCUCAAGAACUGUGAAGAAAAAAAAGAGCUCAAGAGGAGAAAACACUAGUCUUUUAAAAAAAAUUGGUUUUUUUUUGGUUACCCAUUUGUUGUAUUUUUUUUGAUGGGUAAUUGAUACUUUUUUGAAGAGGUCACCAUGGGUAACUGCUUGACUUCUUCUUCAAGGGUUCAGAGUGCUCAGAGCUCUGCUUCUGGCAUAGGACCUUCAAAAGUCACUUGCAGGUCAAGCUUGUCUUCAUUUCCAUCCACUCAGACAUUCUCAACUCCAUCGACUUUGACGGUACCUUCUUAUAGUGAAAGGAGUGGGCCUGAGGUUCUUCCUACACCGAGAACUGAAGGAGAAAUUCUAUCAUCCUCGAAUUUGAAAGACUUCACGUUCAGUGAACUGAAAAGUGCCACUAGAAAUUUCAGGCCAGAUAGCCUUUUGGGUGAAGGAGGAUUUGGAUAUGUUUAUAAAGGUUGGAUUGACAAGCAAAGUUUCGCUCCUUCCAGGCCUGGGUCAGGGAUGGUUGUUGCUAUCAAGAAGCUCAAACCAGAAGGUUUUCAGGGUCAUAAGGAGUGGCUGACAGAGGUUGAGUAUCUUGGUCAACUUCACCAUCCGAAUUUGGUUAAGCUCAUCGGGUACUGUUCAGAUGGUGACAGCCGUCUUUUGGUUUAUGAGUUCAUGCCAAAAGGAAGUUUGGAGAAUCAUCUAUUUAGAAGAAGUUCACAGCCACUUUCUUGGGCGAUACGGAUCAAAGUAGCAGUUGGAGCUGCUAGAGGAUUUGUGUUUUUGCAUGACAGGGAAUCCCAAGUCAUUUUUCGAGAUGUGAAGGCCUCAAACAUUCUCCUGGACUCGGAUUUUAGUCCGAAGCUUUCAGAUUUUGGCUUGGCAAAAGCUGGCCCGACAGGGGAUAAUACUCAUGUCUCCACACAAGUCAUGGGAACUCAUGGAUACGCUGCUCCAGAGUAUGUAGCAACAGGCCGUCUCUCUGCUAAAGCUGAUGUCUACAGCUUCGGUGUCGUGCUUCUGGAACUACUCUCUGGACGUCGAGCUCUCGACAAGAACAAGAUUGGCAUAGAACAGAACCUUGUAGAUUGGGCUAGACCUUUUCUUGGAGACAAGAGAAAGCUAUACAAGAUCAUGGACUCGAGAUUAGGGGGCCAAUACCCUAAAAAAGCAGCCUUUACUAUCGCCACUCUUGCAUUAAGAUGCAUAAGCAAUGAAGCCAGACUCAGACCUAAGAUGUCUGAGGUCUUAGCCACACUCGAGCCACUCUUAGACUCAAAAGAAACCAUUAAGCAAAAUGCAAAAGGGAGGGAGAAAGGUUUCGGAUCCAGGCCUAAGGUCACCAAGACGGGUCACGAGUAACGGGUCUCCUUUGACAUCCCAUCGAAAGUCGCCCAGAGGUCGCUAGAUGAUGUUUCAUUGUAAAUGUGAUGGCGUUUAGGUGAUUAAAUUUUGGAAUUUCUUUUUAGUCGUGAGGAGAUGAAUUAAUGUGUGAAGCAUUGUUCUAAUGAUGCAUUUCGGGGAAAUGUAUUGAUGGAUUCAGGUGGAAUCAGUUCAGUUCCACGUUUUCUGGCAAUUUUUUGUCUCUCUGAAUUGGUCAAUUUGCUUCUGAGACGUCCAUGUUUCUGUUUCUAAUGUUGCUCAAUUCAGUCAAGAGUUCUUUGGUCA